AUGGAUACAUUGAAUGUGGAACAUGGGUUUACCUGGGAUCAGAUGGGAUGUUUUCAGCUUGUUGAUGGAAUAAAUAUACCAACUCUAAUAGAUGAUGGAUUAUUACUCUCCUCAUCAGGAAAUACGGUCACAGCAGAAACUUUACUAGAAAAUCGUGAGUAUUGUAGGCAAGGAUGUGGAACACUAAAUUUUGCUUCUCUAUCUAGUGACGGUAUAAUUAAGCACGCAAGCAGUAAGCAGUAUGGUUCACAUCUGACAACGAGUCACAAUUCUAACUGUACAACAAAUACUACUCAGACUUUGGGUUGUCAACAGUCAUCAUUUGCUUCAACAGGAUAUAACUCGAAUUCUUAUCUUCACUCUACAACAGAAACUCAAGUUCAUCCUAGUAUUAGAGGGAAUUCUUCAUAUAGUAUUUCAUACUUAGAAGGAGCGCAGUCUUCCAAAAAGGAUACAAAUAGACGGAAAAGAACUUAUAACUCUCAGAAUAGAGGACAUUCUGGGAGUACAACUGUAAAUAAUAUGCAAAGUCAUUUGGAGAAAUCUGCAUCUGUCAAAGGGCGCUCUAAGAAGGUGCGUGAAACCCUGGAAGACUACACUUAUUCCAAGAUGUAUGUUAGCUCAGGUGAAUGUUCUCCCCAGGGGAUUUCAGGAGUAGUUACUGAAGACUUAAGUUCAAUUAAAUAUUACGAAGGGUUUAAACUUCCACUGGGGGAUCUUGGGAGGAAGAUGCUAUUGAAGAAGCUGCGUGAGAUACACACUCAAAAUCCCACAAAGAUGGAGAAAGCAUUAACUGACCAUGGUCUGUCAUAUACCCGUAUAAGAUUUGCAAGUGUUCAACAGUUAUUUAAAAUAUCAUAUGUAUGCGAUGUAUUUGACUAUGCACUGAGCAUUCAUUGUGAAUUUGGACGUCCACGUCAUAGAGACUCAACAAAAGCUACUAAUUUAUCAACAAACAAUAUACAAAGCAAUGCUACUCAGUCCUCAGCACAAGCUUCAACACCAGCUUCUUCACCUUCUGGAUCUGAUUUGUCUAAUAUAAUGGAACCUUAUGAGGGUAGUGCUAGCGUGAAUGAGUCCAGCAUCAUAAAAAUAUCUUCAAAACCAAAUUCUAUUGGUGAGGUUGAACUAAAUUUGCGUUCUCCAAAUGGUUCCCCUUGUAGUUACAGCUCAUACACUUCAGGUAUAAAUGGAUACUGUCAAGAUCACCAAUUUUCAUCAAAAACACCUUUAACUGGGGAUAAAGGAAUAUACAAUGACCCAAACUCUCCAAUGUCAAUCUUUACAGCAUCAUACACACCACCAAUGACAAAUAAGAAGUGUCUUGAAAUAGGAUCAGUUUACAACUUCUCACCUCCUCCAAUUCCAGUAGCGGCUUCUACUGUGGAAGAUCAAACCCUGUGUGGAGAUAGUUCUAAAUCUAUUAAUGAACAGGAUACUAUGCAGCAGGGCAGUGGAAAUAUUAUAUCUAUGAAUAAAGAAUCUCAAUUUUUAAGUAAUUUGAACUGUAGUGAAUCUGCUUCUAAUUUAAUUACCAGUUCUAUAAUAUAUAAUGAUGAAGAUAGAACACCAAACUUAUAUGGUACUCCGCAUGCUUUAAUUGCAUCACAGUCUAUACCAGGGAUUCAUUCAUCUGUAGCAAGUAAAUAUGAAGAUUUUUCUCACUGCAUACAAGAAAUUAGUUCUAUCAAAGAAUUAGGUAGUCUUUCUUUAAGCAGUUCUGUUGUUAAACCAAUAACUAAACGACAAAGGCUAAAAUCGAAGAGAAAAGAUGUAGAUAAAAAUAUGGGAAGGUCUGAACUUGUUGAUUCGUUAACAGAGAACUACCCAGUUGACGUAAAUGCACUAGCUGACUUUGUUACACAUGAAUAUGGACCACAUGAUGUAACCGCAUCUGUAAUGACCCCUUAUCAUAUUCUUGAUAUAGAAGACUUGCACUUGGGAAUUUAUGAAUCAAGUGCAGAUCAAAACUCUUCUAUAUAUAGCAGCACUGUGGAUAUUAAUGAAGAAAGUACCUGUUAUUUACCAUAUGAAACAUCGCUAGUUCUAAGCACUACAGUUGACACUAAUAAUAUUCAAUAUCAAGAGAUCUCUGGGGAUAGUUUGGUGUCAUCAUUUUAUGUCUUUGCCCAACAGGGAACUAAUGGUUGUAUGGAUGAGGUGAUUGAACCAGUGGGAUAUGUUCCUUUAUCAGAAGGGAUGCAUAACGUAGGUAUGUUCCAUUCUGUGGAGAUGGAUUCAAAUAGUAUUGAUUUAGGAUGUCAAGUUAUCUCGAUCUAA